AUGAAUUUAUGGAUUGUUAAGCUUGAAGUAUCUCUCAAUGAACUGGAGGAAUUGCGAGGUGACAGUCUUUUGCAGUUUGUGAACCUUUUAGAAUUGGAUGCUUCACUCAAUUCUCUCACCAGUAUUGAUGGAGUUGGAGUUUUAGCUAAUCUGGUUGUUCUAAACCUCAGUUACAAUGCAAUUAAACAAGUGAAAGCUAUUGGUAAAUGUACACAUCUUGCAAUCCUCAAUAUUUCACAUAACCAAAUAACUACUCUUAAGGACUUUUCAACGUUGACAAACCUUGCGCAGCUGCAUUUAGACUCAAAUAAGUUAGAAUCCUUAGAUGGUAUUCAGUACCUCUCCCAGCUCCAUGAGUUGUACGUAGAGAAUAAUGAAAUAUCAAGUCUUCUCCCACUAUCUUCUUCGUUGACACUCAAUGUACUUGAUGCUUCCAAUAACAAGAUUCAGUCUCUCGUAGAAACAGUGCAUGUUCUGAGUGGAUUAUACCAACUUACACAGCUGAAACUGAAAGGAAACCUUUUAACACAUGAUAACAGAUACUCUACAGCAAUCAAGCAGAACACCAUGGUACAGAUCUUGGACAAUCAUCUACUUAAAGUGCCAACAAACAUCCAAAACAUAUCAAAACAUCACUUGCCACUGAGAGACUCAAUGGACCACUUAAUAGAAGGAGGCUAUACAAGGGAAGGGCUAAAGGAUAUAGCAAAGCAAAGCUUUAUGGAAAAGUUACAGAGUAAGCACAAGGAGACAGAGAAUAGAAUCCACCAUUUCCAUGGUAGAAUAUUGGAACUGCAGGAAGACCUGAAGGACUAUGAACAUACUCUAAGAGCAGAAAUGCAGAGCUGCAUAAGGUACAUUGAUGCCCUCCCACAGGAAAACUUUAACAGUAUUGAACCAUCUAAGGUGCCAAGAGCAAUGGAGCAGUAUUUAUUUACUAAAUUCUGGGAUGGGUGGGAGCAUGGGAAACGAAAACCUCAAAAUUUGCCAUUUAAAGAACUGAAAAAUCCAGAAGAGGUUGUGAAAGCUGCUGCCUGGCUGUUGUCACACCCACCCACUGAGGCAAUUAGUGAGGACUCCUGAUGCAGCUUUUGAAACUUAAUUCUAUGGCUCAUAUAUCAAUUCCCUAUUGGACCACAGAAGAAGAAAGUAAAGGGAGGUUUCAUACACUACUGAUGUCAUGAUUAUUAUUAUGAUUGUGAAACAUGUCCUUAUGUUAUGUUAUUAAAUGUGGAAGCCAGUAAUUAUUGACCAUUACAGAUCAAAAUAUAUUAGUCGGUAACAUGAACCAUAUGAAUUAUAACAUAAUAAACGUGUCCAAAUCCAGGAUUUAACACAUUUGUUUAAAUGUCUCUUAUACAAUAUUCA